AUUCGUUGUAUCCAUCUUCUUUUGUUGUUUGUUAUUGCGAGACCAAAAGAAGAGAAAUCUAUGGUGCGACCUACCUGGGUCUGUCUUUUAAGUUAGAAAAUUUCAAAAUAUAAGUGCUUUUUUUAAGGAGAGAGGGAGGGAAGGGGAAUAAAUCAUGGCGGCUGAUAAGUCAACAGUAACAUGCACAGUCCUAGCCAUGGAUUCCACCAACUUCUGUUACAAAGCCUGCAAGCUUUGCGAAAGGGCUCUCCCCGAUCAUUCCCCAAAUUCAUCCUGCACUGCCUGCAAGUCUAAGUUCCCCGCCUCUUUCCCCUCCCACCAACACUUAUUUCGCCUUCUCCUGUCAAUAGCAACCGAUACAAAGGUAAUGGUGGUGAUAUGCUUUGAUAGGGCUGCUAAAGUUUUGUUUGGCUGCUCUGCUCAUGAGUUCUUAGACUUCGCAAAGAUUCAUCCUUUUGCUGGUAACUCUUAACCAACCCCUCUUGUUUCUUAUUCUGAAAUCAUCCUUUGAUUUUGAGAUUUUUAUAAAAAUUC